GCUGAUAGAGUUCCGCCACGCGAUGGUUCGACAUGCUAAUAAUAGCAACCAGAUUCCCUGAAAUUUUACCCAAAUGUGUUAUAUAUAUAUAUGUAUGUAUAUAUAUAUGAAGGGAACAAAAUAUAAAGGGCAGUUAUAGUCCUACGCAAAGAGUCCAAAAGAAGCGCUGAUCACUGCUGCGAAGCUAUUUAUUAUCUACCUGCUCGAUCAGAUUGUGCCUGGGGCUAAACAACACAAACAAUAACGAUAACAAACCAACCAAAAGCUGCAGCGGCAGCAGCAGCAGCAACAUAAUGACAGCAACAGCAACAUCAGCAGCAGCAACAUGCUGGCUCAUUGCAUAUACACUGUAGUACGUUUGUACAUGCACGUCAAUAGAUGAAGAAUAACGUAUUCAUUAUACGCAACAUAACACUGGAAGCACUCGUACAAAUAUAUUCCAAGGUAGAAUCUUUCCGGAAUACCAUUAUUAAAGAACGUGUGUAAGCCUUUCAACUGCGGCCAUGCACCCUGGGUGUAAAAGGACUUAACCAGACCAAAAGGAAAUAUCAGAAGGCUGAAUGGUGAAAAUAAUGAACUGGUUACCACAAGUAAAAGUUCGACUUCAUGAGAAAUGAAGAAUUAAAGGCGAGAAUGAUUCCGUCAGAAAAUCUUACCAACAUUAUCACUACGAAGAGUUAUAAUGCUUACGAACAGUUCUAUUUGGAAGCGCGUUCCAUCACCGGUCUCGUAUGUUACCCAAUCGCCUGCUCAAUCGGCCUUAUAGGAAACACAAUGAGCAUUAUUGUGAUGACCCAAAAGCAAAUGCAGUCCUCGACAAAUAUCUACCUCUUGGCUUUGGCCUUUUCUGAUAGCAUAAAACUCAUCAACGACUUUCUCUAUUUCGUUGUGAUAUUACUGAUGGAGAUUGACAAACGAACUGGAGAGUCUUUAUAUCAAGGUUUAUAUCCUUACGCCCACUAUAUUUUCAAUACGUCGUUAUGCAUAUCGGCGUGGAUCACCGUAUCUGUAGCAGUGGAACGAUACGUUUACGUAUGUAAACCUCUCUAUGUGAAAUCUUACUGCACUAUUCACCGCGCCCGCAUUAUAACUGUAUGCGUUUACUUCUUUAUGAGUAUGCUAUCCAUACCAUAUGCAAUGAGAUACCAGUCUUAUGAAGUGUACGAUAAUAGAACAAAUCAGACUUUAUUGGAUUUGUCAGUUACGAAACUCUGGCAAAACAAUGUUUUCUCAAGGGCUUAUACUUGGUUUCAAAACCUUAUUCGUUCAGUAAUUCCGCUUUUAACUUUAAUAGUAUUAAAUACUUGUAUAAUGUGUGGUAUUAGGCGUUGUAAACUAAGCAAAUCCAAGAAUAUGAGACGAUACCGCAUUACCAUUAUGUUGGUCUGUGUUGUCUUGGUAUUCAUGGUUUGUAUAUCGCCUGAUGCCAUCAUGUCCACCAUCCUUGGUUUUGGCUAUAUCGAAGAAGAUUAUUUAACUCGUGGCAUUCGCGAGAUAACCGAUCUAUUACUUCUUAUUAACUCAGCGGUGAAUUUUAUACUCUAUUGCAUAUUCAACACAAUAUUUUGGAAGAACUUCUUACAUAUUUUCUGCGCUAUUUGUAUAAAAAUCUACUGCCCUCACCACCAGAUGAACGUUUCCACACCGUCAAGACAACUGCAAAGCAAUGUGUACAGAGAAGUUCAACUAGCUACAUUUCCAGGAACACAUCAUUUUAAAUUGGUGUCUGUCAAACGAGGCAACGGAGAAAUAUAUGAAGAAAUGCAAUCCAGCUGACACCGAUUCGUUUAAUUUCAUCAUUCCAUUUACUACUACUACUACUACUACUACUACUACUACUACUACUACUACUACUACUACUACUACUACUACUACUACUACUAUCACUACUACUACUAUUUCGGAGAAAAGCAGCUGUGCAGGAGAAAUCAAAAGGUGGUCAAGAAGAACAAAAUGAUGAUGACGACGACGAUGACAAGGACGAUGAUUAUGAUGAUGGUGGUGUUGUUGCUAGGGGGAAUAUGUGAUGAUAACACAGAAAUGGUUGUGUGUUGGAAAGAGGAAGGCAACAUAUAUAGAUAUGCUUAAGCAAUCGGAUUACUCCUGCAGAUACUAUAAAGAUAAGACUGCUGAGAAGUGAUCCGCCACAUUUCACUGUCUAAUCAUUCACCUUAGGUAAAAGAGCAUCCGGUUCAUUUUAAUUCUCUCCUUCAUUUGCUUGAAGUGGACAGAAAGCCAAUAUAAGGUCAGCUUAACACACAAAUAAGAGACAGAUAUGAAAAGUCCCGUGGAGUAGAAAUAUAUAAUAGCUGAAUCUACUUUCUGGUUUCGAUUAUCACUUGUAUAUAAUACAAUUUUCUUGAUAAGUUAUGAAUAACAGCAAUAAAAUGAGAAGUUGCGUUUUGAACGAAAUUAUUAUUACUAUUUAUAUUAAGCACUAGCAUAUCAGUUUUAUUCAUGAUAAAAAUUGGGAUACCGAAGCCAUGAGACAAACCGUUGCUGCAUGUGUACAUUAACAUAUAUACAUAUAGAAAUACACAUAUACAUUAUCUGGAUGAUAUACAUAUAACACAUAGGUCCAU